UGUCCCUGAACACCUCCGACACAGCCGCGCUCCCGACUUUGACAGCGCUGCGAUGGAGUCUCUUCUCGAAGACGGAACGAGACGCUGAGCGGCGCGGACUCAGUCCGGCCGAAGACGAACGAGGAGGACAGUUUUUGGCAAGUCCUCCACAUCUCUCGGCUCGCUCAGCUGCGCUCGAGUGGACAUCCAAGCCGCAUCGCCUGGGAACGCGCUCGGUCGGUCCCGCGCCGCCUCCACCACGGAGCUGCCAGAGCGCGUCACGUGCGCGCGCGCGCAAGCCGGCUGCGCUUCCCGCAGGAUGAUGAAGGGUCUCGGCGUCCCCGCGAGUCCCGCCGAGCAGCGCUGCCCUCGCCGCACCCGCCCAGGAGCCGAGGUGCCUGCGAGGAGGUCAUGUCCGUCCCGACAGGUUUCAGCCCCGAGAGCAGGGUUCUGUCUCCGUAGGGCGUAGGGAGGCAACGUCAGACCCCAUAUCCUGCCCCUUCCUGCCCCUUCCUGCCCCGCCACACAAUCGGUUCAGAAAUGAUGUUCACAGACAUGAACUCCAGCACCUCCGUGCCCAAGAAGCCAGCCAAGAAGAAGACCAGGCCGCAGGGUCUUCCAUCCCCUGCACUCUGCUGCGCCUGCGGGCUGUGCAUCAUGCUAGCGGGCAUCAAUAUCACCCUGGUGGGGGCCUUCGCCUUCGGCACGCUGCUCCCUGCCAGCAACCCGCCCAUCAUCAUCGGGCCCAUCCUUCUGCUGGUGGCCUUCGCCUUCUUCGGCGCGUGUUGCGUGUGCAGCCGCCGGCCGCCCGCGCAGGGCUCGCGCAGGCCCAAAGGGGGCGGCGGCCUCGGGUUAGCCCGGGCGGGCGGCGCCGCCUUUGAGAUCGAGACUAGCGAACACACCCUUCAGGACACUACUGCCGUGCAGCUAAGCCCCACCAACUCCCAGGGGUCCUCCCGUGCCUCCAGCCCCUCCCCCGAGGCCCCGAACCCCAUCCCCGUCCAGGGCCCCGCCGCCGUCCCCGUGCAGCGGGCUUGCAAGCUUUUCACCAUGGAGGGGAACGGACCCAGCUCCGCCUGCUACUCCGCCUCCUCCGUCGGCGGUGGAGCCGUCCAGCUCAACCUGCCCUGCGAUGCCGCUGCCACCUAGCGGAGAGGGGGCGCCCGCUGCUGCCCUCUAACGCAUUCUGCACGGGCGGCUCCAACUUUACCCCGUUGCCAUGGAGAGCCCGGUUUGAGCCGACCCACACGCAACCCGACAGCACGUCUGACUACAGACCACGGCCACGGGGAAGAAGACGUUUCCUUUAGCUCCGCCCCUUCUGAGAUUUGGCACGAGGCUCCAAGGAGUUGUUCGACAAACGGAAGCGUGCGGCGACCUGCGAAGGAAGAGCGCUAGGGCCUUGUGGAAGGAAAAUACUCUCGUCCUCAGAUCCCCGCCAGAACGCAGUCUGUAAGAGAAGGACCCAGCGCUGUCAGAUAACAGGAAACGAAGGCUUUUGCCGCCCGCGAGUUUCUGUCAAAUACCAGCUCCUCUCAACGGGAUCCGGAGAAAAAACGAAACUCUGAAGGAUCACAGUGGGAAUACGAUCUUGAUGUAGACGCAAUGAGGUGCUUUGGUCACGGCCGUACAGCGAACAACAUGCAGCGUCCUGUAUAUCCAAGGCAUCGUGCCCGCGAUUGAGCUCCCGAUAUUCAUGCAGCGUCACAGAAACGUUCCGGCGAAAGUGCGCCUGUACGAACUCGCAGUAAUACGAGAAAUGUCUUGGGCUCAUGCAUCUGUGAAUACACCUGUAUAACAUGUUUCCUCUUGGAACCCCAUGAAAUAUGAAUGAUUUCCCCCCACUGGUAUUUAAAUCCACUUCAAGAAAGAUGAAUAACAGAAAUGCUUUAGCGGUAAAUUGUUUACAUCGGUUGUGCAUUUCAAUAUUAAUAGCCUCUCAAUCAUGUGACGUCGAAAAAGUAAACAGCCCUAUUUCUGGCUGCGUUUCAGCAGAUGAAUUAUUGAUCUGAAGGAGAUGCGGAAAUAUUUUUCGCAAAGGAAGUCACUGCAAAACAUAAUAAUUGGUAUGUUGCAUUUCACGUGCCGAAACUGUGAUAAAGCAGAUGCACGUUACGGGAUUCAUCGACAUAGCGAGAGAAUCGUUCCUGGAUUUUCCCUGCAAAAAAAAAACGAUAAAUCACAACAGCAAAUUGUAGAAAAUGACUGAACUGGGCCCAGUGGGCCUCUAAAUGUUGCUUUUAAUUGUUUUCCUGGCCCGUAUGUGUUGAUUCCAAUAUUUUUAUGUUGCCGGCAGUGCGAGCGAUGUCUAAUGAUGGUGUUAUGUUCUAGAUGUUCCACAUAGUCAUUAUUCAGGCCCAGCGCCGUCAGUAAGACUGCAACAGGACAAUACAUGUGGACAAGACUCACCAAACACCGCAGAGCAUCACCCGCUCAAAUGCAAAGACACCUGCGUAUUUCCAGUGCACGCUUUGUGCUGUCCCUGUCCUUGCAAGGCACCCCGGGGUGUUUAGUGUGAACACACCCACAGAUGAUGGUAUGAGGCCACCCCCCGAACCCUGGCAUAUAACACCCCACCCCAUCCUUAAAAUACAAGAUAAUAAUUAGAAAACACGCACGCUGGCUGAAACCGCUUGAUCCGAGCGGGGUUGCGGUGAGGUGAACCGGAGC